AUGAGCAAUGCGAAUCAAGCCAACAAGGGAAUGAAACAAAAGUCGGAAAACUCCACACAAGGGAUUACCCUGAACUUUCAUCGGCAAGCAGUGGUUCAGUUGAUGGCUUGCAAAGCCGAUGGAGGCACCGCUUGCUGCUCUGUCGCCAGCGAACCAUCGGUAGCACUGGUCCCCCUGCCCUGUCACGGCAGCCUCUCACGGGUUUUCAAGAGCAAUCUCCCAACCUUGAGUGUUGAAGGACCGAAGAGGAGCACCUUGUUGACAAGACCAGGAACCGCGGCGUGUGCCAUGGGGAAGAUCGCCGCCUCCGCGUCUUGGGGAGAUUACAGCCCAUUCGGCAGCGAUCGCGACCGGCUUCACUCUUCAAAGAACUUUUGCAUCUCAAUGCCCAGAAACAAUGGCCCAAUUGGCUGUUUUGGCUUCUGCGCACAUUUUACGUGCACAAUAUUGCCUCCUACGCGGAAAAGGACGCAAGCCUGGCGUGUCCAAGCUGUUCAUGGUGUUGUUGUCUCCUACACCACCGCGAUACGAAAAUGA